UAUAGUAAACUAAAAAUGACAUUAAAAUUAGUUUUGAUAGCAUUUAUGCCAUUUGUAGUGUUGUCUUCAAAAGAGGUCGACUUUUUUGUUUCAAUACAACGGGAUGUCAAUGAAGUCAUAUCAACUCAAAUGUUGUCCGACCCUAAAAAGGUUUGCUAUCCUGACAUCGGGUGCUUUGAUUUGGAUGGUCCUAUGAAACAUACAAAAAUACUGCCGGAGUCUCCAGAAAAAAUAGAAACCAAAUUCUUUGCUUAUACCACACAAUCACCCACUACUCCUCAAGAGGUCGACGCUCACAACGCUAAGAGUCUGGAGCACAUAAAUCCAACCAAACCUGUAGUUAUUAUUGCUCAUGGAUUUGGUAAUAAUGGUACAACACCUCAACUAAUAAGUGUUAAGGACUCGCUUCUUAAGUUCGGCAAAAUUGAGACCGUAGUCAUGAUUGAUUGGAGUAAAGGUGCCGCACAGCCCUGGUAUGUGGAAGCGGCUACUAAUACUCAAGUGGUUGGCCGUCAGGUGGCUUUCCUUAUUGAAACUAUUAGAAAAACUCAUGGUUUGGAUCCAAAAAAUGUACACCUCAUUGGUUUUAGUUUGGGAGCACAAGUAUCUGGAUUUGCCGGUAAAUACUCGCAAUCGGCAUAUAAAUGGAAAUUUGGUCGCAUAUCAGCCCUGGACGCGGCCGCACCGUUAUUUGAAGACUAUCCCGGCUCUUACCUUACUCAUGAUGACGCAGAAUUUGUGGACGCCAUCCAUACAAGUGCCGGUCACAUCAUAGUUACGGGUGAGGUUGGCUUCAUAGAGCCUAUAGGACACAUAGACUUUUUCCCGCAUAACGGCACACAUCAGCCCCGAUGUGUUGGACAUAUAACUCAAUUGUCGUGUAAUCAUUACUCAUCAGUCUUUUAUUACGAAGCAUCACUUAGUGGCACCAAAUGCCAGUUCACAGCAUACAAGUGCCCCAAUUGGGAUCAAUUCACUAAACACCAGUGCGAUGCCGGAGGAGACUCACGAAUGGGUUUCUAUAGUAUUACUAAACCCGGAAGGGGUGUCCACUACAUCACUGUUACUAAAGACUAUCCAUUUUGCUAAUUAAUUGUAUAAACAAUAAAAAAAUAUGUUAUAUAACUUAUAGUAAAUUU